AUGGGUCAGACCUUGUCGGAGCCGGUGGUCGAGAAGACAUCGGCCGAGGGCGGAGAUGAUUGCUGCAUCUACGGCGUGUCUGCCAUGCAAGGCUGGAGAAUUAGCAUGGAGGAUGCCCACGCUGCUGUGCUCGAUCUCCAAGCGAAGUACAUCAACGAGGACAAUAAACCGACCCCUCCGGACCAGCGUCUAGCCUUUUUCGGUGUAUAUGAUGGCCACGGUGGAGACAAAGUGGCACUAUUUACUGGGGAGAACCUCCACAAGAUCGUUGCCAAGCAGGACGCAUUCUCCAAGGGAGAUAUUGAGCAGGCGAUGAAGGAUGGUUUCCUGGCUACUGACCGGGCAAUUUUGGAAGACCCUAAAUAUGAGGAGGAAGUGUCCGGCUGCACUGCUUCAACUAGCAUUAUCUCGAAGAAUAAGAUCUGGGUGGCAAACGCCGGUGACUCCCGGUCUGUGCUGGGUGUCAAGGGCCGCGCAAAGCCCCUUUCAUUUGAUCACAAGCCCCAGAAUGAAGGCGAGAAAGCUCGCAUUAGUGCUGCGGGUGGCUUCGUUGACUUUGGCCGUGUCAAUGGAAACCUGGCUCUGUCCCGUGCCAUCGGUGAUUUCGAAUUCAAGAAGAGCCCUGAGCUGUCGCCCGAGCAGCAGAUUGUCACCGCAUACCCCGAUGUGACUGUGCACGAAGUGACCCAAGAUGAUGAGUUCCUUGUCAUUGCUUGUGAUGGUAUCUGGGAUUGCCAGUCCUCCCAAGCUGUGGUUGAAUUUGUUCGGAGGGGUAUCGCUGCCAAGCAGGACCUGUACCGGAUCUGUGAGAACAUGAUGGAUAACUGCCUGGCUUCCAACAGCGAGACUGGUGGAGUUGGAUGCGAUAACAUGACCAUGACCGUCAUCGGAUUGCUCAACGGCAAAACCAAGGAGGAAUGGUACAACCAGAUUGCAGAGCGGGUUGCGAGCGGAGACGGUCCUUGUGCUCCGCCCGAGUACGGCAAGUCUCACGAGGAAUCCGAAGGAAGCCCUGGAAUCCGGAACCAGUUCGAGGAUCAGCCAGAUGACUAUGACUUGGAGAUGGAGCGCUCGCGGGCUUUUAGUGUUCGCUCGGCCGGGGGCCGGAUCAUUCUGCUUGGCGAUGGCACCGAGGUCAUCCCUGAUCAGAACGAGGAGGAGCUAUUUGAUCAGACGGAAGACCAUGAUCUGGUUAACCAGGUGCAUCCGACCGAUUCCAUCCGGAAUGACCGCGAGGCCACCCCUGGACCUCAAGGGAAACAUGAUACCUCUCAAAUAUCCGAAUCUCCAGCCUCUACGGACGACAAGUCGACCGCCUAG